GUUGAGCUGUUGUGAAUGUGUAGUCAGAAGUCUGUGCACAGUUAGACUUACCAGAAAACUGCCUGUCUGUCUUCCUGCUCCUCUCACGUCAACAUGAAGAAGGAGGGAGAACUUUUCAUCAAGUGAGCUGCAAGUUUCACUCGGCUGCAAACUUGGGAAUAAGCUGUGGCCAGAAAUCAUGGUCUUCUUCAUCUUCAUCAUUACAAAAGAAAUCUCAGACAGGGUGCACGAGACGAGGCCCACGCACUGCUGUGGAUCAUCUUUGUGAAUGUGGUGGGAGAGAAGAGCAGUAGCAGCAGCAACAACAACAAGGAAAGAGUAGGAAAAAGAGCUGUCUGUGUGUGUGUGUGUGUGUGUGCGUGUGUGUGUGUGUGUGUAUAAUCUGAGCCCGGCCGUGGGAGCAGAGUGGGGGAUGUCCAGCAGAAGUGGAGGAGCUCCUCGGGGGUGCAGCAACCCCAGCCUGCAUCCCCUCAAAGCCACAGUGCCAUACCAGCUCCAGAGAGGCGCAGCACUUCUCAGCAGAGAGGUCAAGACUGCAGACAGGACUGCGGCUCGUCCUCCCAAACCCACAAUCCGCAGAACUCUGUCUUUAGAUGCCAUCGUUGGACCAUAUCUGCAGGGGCAGUGGCCCAAAGAGGCCGAGGGCAUGGCGGCUGUUACCUGUGUCAGCAACAAAGCCACACAGACUCCAAGUUCCUGGGCAGAGGAGACUCAGGGAAGGAGAAGUGCUGGUGGACACAAGCGCUCAGCAUCGUGGGGCAGUGCAGAGCACCUGAGGGAGGUGGCCAAGCUGAGGCACCAGUUGCAGAAGCGUUCCCGCCAUGUCCCGCCCUCAUUGGGGUGCGAGCACCACCACUUGCCAGGAGGUCAUGUGACAGGCAUCACUCAGACGGUGCCUCUAAUGCCGCUGAGCAGACUUGCCCCACGGCUGCGCCGCAGUGUCGAAGGUCUCAACCUGGAGCUGGAAGAGGUGUUUGUGUCUGAGAAACCCGACGAUGAGCAUGAGAUUCUGGAUAUUCCUGACGGCCACAGGGCUCCUGUCCCAGUCCAGAGAUGCAGUAGCAGCUCUCAGAGUGAACCUUCUCCAGGGCCCCUGGAUCCUUCCCUCCUCUCUCCUUGUCCGUCCCCGUGUCCUUUAGAUCCAACUCUUCUGUCACCUUCAAAUUCACCUCUUACUUUGAAUCCACUACCUUUGUCACCAUCACAGUCUCCCUGUCCUAUGGCAGAACCAGUGCCGGUGGACUGUGAGACCCUGUGUCCUUCUCCAUCUAAAUUGCUUCCUUCAUUUGCACUGGCUCCUCUUCUGCUGCAGUCCUGCUCCUCGUCCCCUCGGCCCAAUAAAACCUACUCCGUCCAACGUGAACAGCCAGAAGGCUGUGAGCUAGUUCCAGUAUGUGACGAGGGAAUGUCUGCUUGUCAGGAUGAGCCUCUCCUCCAGCCAUCCUGUCCCGACCCCAAUAAAGUGAACUUUACGCCCCACGGAGGCUCUGCUUUCUGCCCCGUCAGUCUUCUGAAGCCCCUCCUGCCCUCCAUGGACCUCCUCUUCCGUGGUCUGUCAGUCUCUCCUGUCACUGGCUGUCCAGGUCAAGUCUCUCACCAGGCACCUCGGCAUGCAGUAGGUGGACAUGGAAGCAGAUCCCCCUCUGGACUAAAACCACACUGCACAGCCACGACCUGGUGUAACUGGCUGUGUUUUGCAUGUGGGGUGCCUGACAGGUACCUGUGCUUACCUGGCUCAUCGCUGCUAUAACAUGACGUGGUCACUGUGAUCAAAAUAAGAGACCUUAAGAUCAUCAUACUGAAAACUGAUACUGACCUAAAAUGUGGCUGCUUUGCUGAUUGUUUCUUAGCCCUGGAGUGUGAGUGUGGGUUCAGCUGAUAAUUACUCUACAUGAGCACUUGACAAUGACGACAGGACUUAAGCUCAGGAAAUAUUUGUGAAUGCUGGAAAUGUUUUAUGAAUAACUGACAUUUUGAAACAACAGCUCAGACAAAGACUGCCGUCUGCAGGGACGAUUUUUAUUACCGCAUUAAGUCAAUUCAGAGUCAAAAAGGUCAAGCACUUAGUGCACAUGUUGACAUAAGUAUUAUUUUCUUUCUAUUGUUUAGAAACUCUAUUGUCUCUGAGAAACUCAAUAAACACCCCAUCCUGGCAAAGUCAAACCCUGCAACACUUUAAGACAGAAACUGGUUCAUCCUAAGGGCAAACAAAACAAAUCAAUGUGGUUUAUGCAGUGCAAUGUAGUGAGGAGUGUCCUGGCCUCUACAUUGGUAAAACCAAACAGCCUCUGCAUAAACGCAUGUCACAGCACAGAAGAGCUCAUAUCUGGACAGGACUCAGCUGUCCACUAAGAUCUGAAGGACAAGGGACACUCUUUGGAGGAUGAUAAUGUUCACAUUCUGGCCAGGGAAGACAGAUGGUUUGAAAGAGGAGUGAAGGACUCCAUCCAUGUUAACCUGGAGAAACCACUCAACAGUGGAGGUGGGCUAUCAGUCACCUACAAUGCUGUCCUGAGCUCUCUUCCAAAAAGAAUCAACAAGCAAACACAACAAUAGACUCUGCCUCUCAGGUGACCCCCCCCCUAACGACCUGUUCACACCAAGUCUCAGGUGAAACCAACAAUCUGAAAGGAGGGGUGAACAAUCUGCAUUGUUCAACUUUAUGACUCUCUACACCAGUUUCACCUGUUUCCACACUAGUUGGUCAGAACUGAAGAAGCCUCUUGGGUGAGAAGUGAAAUAUCUUCAACUCAAGCAAGUCCAAUCUUAAUUCAACAGACUUCAUUCUUGAAAAACAGAUUAGUUCCCUCCUGAAGUUUUCAUAUGUUUUGACCUGCUGUUUACAGUAGUCCACUUUUCUACAAAUGUAUUUCUAUGUGAUACUGUGUUAGUAUUCACUGUAGACAGUGACUUGUAUUUAUGUGUAGAUUACACGCAGAGAUGGGUGUUUUAUUAGCUUUACUUGCCUACAGCUGGCAGUGUUUAAACCAAACUGUGCUUUGUAAGAUUUUGAGUGGGUCACACUGAGCGUCUGGUCAGUCUGAGCCUGGUUGGAGAAUGUCAAUGUUUCAACAUUCAAUUUGAUAUGGGAAGAGAUGAUUCCCUCUGCCUGUGUUAUUGUUGAAAUAUAUUAAACCCUGCCUUUGUCGGCAUUAGGCCAAUCUAGAGUGAUUACAACAGAUCAGAACCAACAGAAUCAUCACCAUUACAGCUUAUCAUUGCCAGAUGUCAGCAAUUAUUAUUACAGAUGCUACAUGUAAUAUCUGUCAUUCUGUGGCCGCAAACUUUUCAAAUGGGUCCCACAAUCCAAAUUUAAAAUAUUGGAGCGUUGUUGCUUGGUAUCCAAAAGACGGAAACAAGGAGCUACAUGCAACAGGCCAAAAAAAAACUAAAUGAAAAUAAUUUGUGGGAUUUAAAGUAACAUUUGAAUUGUGAUGUACAUGGCUGUAGGAUUUAUCAACAGUAAAUCCAGUAUUUCACAUGUCUUGUCUCACCCAAUCCCUGUUGACAAAUCAUGGCCAUUUUAUGACUAAAUACAAUUUAUUUCUUACAUAAUGUAUUCAUCAACUCUGUGUUUUACCAGAUGUGGUUAUUUAGGAUUUCAUUGCAUUUUUAAUGGUGAAAACAUGUAAACAUGUUCAGUGUGUUGUUACUGUACUGUAUUGUAAUGAAAAUAAAUUUACCAAUUGUUCUGGA